AUGGGGGAGGGGGCCGGCGGUCCCCGGAGCGGGCGGGGGAGAGGAGGGGGGCGAGGGGAGGUACGCAGAAGCAGCAGAGUCACUUCACCGACCAGACGCCGCGGCCACCGCCGAAGCCGCCGCCAUUUUAAUAGAGCGUUCGGGCUGCGCUCGGCACUUUCCGUCCGGGCGAAGGAGCCGAAGAGAAGCGCCUCGCGCUCUCAUUCCUCCGCCUCCCGCCCUCUCUUCGCCUCCCGCCCUCCCACCUCUCCGCCGCACACACGCCGCACGCACGACACCGCCGCGGCCCGCUCGCUGCCCUCCUUUUCCUCUUCCGUCCGGCCUCCCCGCCCUCGGUCCACCCCCUCUCCGCGCUCGCCCACCCCGCCCAGCCCGGAUCUCAGUCAGCCGCCGGAAGGGAAACGCGAAGCCAGUGCGGUCGCGGGGGGAGUCGGGUCCUCUAAGGUUCAUCCGCCCUCGAACAGUAAGACACCUGGUGUGACUAGAAAUGGCGGACUGUUCACAUUGGAAUCUCCUCCACUUUACGCCAGAGGGUCCCUCACGAAGUGCCCCAUCUACGACUCUCCACCUGAAACAGCAUAUUACGCUUCUCAGCGAAGAGCAAUUUUAAAAGGUUUUGUCACACCAUCACCUCGCCAUGCAAGGACCACCAUCCUGGAAUUUGCCUUUCUGCCGCUUGAAGUUGAUGCUGUGAAAUUCUGGGCAUGAUAUGAGUGGCUUCAUAUGAGCAGGUGUCAAAGGAGAGACCACCGUCUCAGGAAGGAAGUGCCCCCCACAAAAAAAAAAACCUGGAGUCAUCUUCUGGAGGGCGGGCCCCUUGUAAGUACAGGCUUCCCCAGUGUGAGUAUUCUAGGAACCCAUCUGUUUCAGUGUUCCAGCUGGCCGUUGUGAGAGGCUGCAUUCAGUUUCAGUGAAUUUUUUUUUGAAGACUUUCGAUGCAUUUGCCCAUUUUGAUGGAUAAUUUACACAAUGUUCAGCAGUAAAAUUUUGUUUCCUGUUGGGGAAAAAUGAGGUAGAAAUGGUUACAAAGAAGCUGCUUUAAGUAAAACAAGUUUAUGAAUGGUUUUCUCAUUUAAAUGAGGCAAAAUGUAUAUUGAUGAUGAACCUUGUUUCGAGCAUUCUUCAACCAGCCAAACUGAAGAAACUGUGGUAAGAGUUCAUCAAGCCAUCUUGAAAGAUUCCCAUUGGACUACUGAAUGAACUUGCAGAUUUGACUGUGGUGUCAUGGAAUUCCUGUCAGCAAAUUUUAUGUGAUAAUUUGGCAUGAAAUGAGUUUUAGCAAAACUUGUGCCUCACUUGCUCAUGCCUGAACAAAGAGACAAUUGCUUGGCUACGAGCUGUGCUUUGAAGGAGCAGUUGGAAGCUGACCCAGAUUUUUUUUCAAAAGUCAUAACCAGAGAUGAAUCUUGGUGUUACAGUUACAACCCUGAAAUGAAACAAGAAUCUUCGAGUAGUCAGUGGAAAACUGCCACUUCCCCACAUAAGUGAAAUCAACCAUGAAAACAGUGAUCAUCUGUUUCUUUGAUGUGAAAUGGGUUGUGCUUUUGAAAUUUUUUCCUAUGGGUCGGUGAAACAGUCAACCAAAGUUUUUAUCUGGAAGUUUUGAGAAAGUUAUGAUUUGCAGGAGAAAAGCCCCUGUGGCAAACAGGUGACUGGUUCUUCCAAGGUGACAAUGCACACUGAAUUUUGAGCAGUUUUGACCAGAGAAGGCAAGACCCCCCACCCUCCCUAUUCACCUAAUUGCCCUUUGAGCACUGGCCUGUGAAACAAGGGGUCACCGUUUGAUUCCCAGUCGGGGCACAUCCUGGGUUGUGGGCCAGGUUGGGCCCCAAGUAGGGGGGUACUUGAGAGGCCAACCACACAUUGAUGUUUCUCUCCCUCUCUACUCUCUGUCUAAAAAUAAAUCAAAUAUUUUUUAAAAAAUUGGCAGAAGAGGUGCAAAGCAUCAAAAUCAAUGAGUUCAUAAACUAUUUUGAGCAGUGGGAAAAAUGUCCUGAUAGGUGUAUUGCAUCAAAUAAAGAAUACUUUGAAAGUGGCUGAAGUUUAAUAUGUAAGAGUAAAUAUACAAUAUUUUAUAAAUCUGGUUUGGGGGCAUCUUCCCCUUACAUUAUAAAUUUAAAAUGAAUCAUGGUAUGGUUUCUCUAGGGCUGGCCAUAUGUUUCAAUUCUUGCUGUGAAAUGUAAACAGAAAUCUGCAGAGUGGGUCUCUUAAAAAGAAUUGCCCAUUCCUAAUUAAAAAGAAACAAAUUCAGCAGAUGUGCCCCUUAACCCUAAAUACUUUCUGCCUGGAACAUUCUUAAUACACAAAAUAACAGCAUUAAUUUAAAUUAUUUUAACAAUGAAACCACAAGAUAAAUGCAAACUAUAAGGUUGAUAAUGCAGAAUAAUAAUGUGUGGGUGGGUUGCUGAUAUAUCUUGAGCAUCUGUCAACACCCUCCUUAUGUGAGAAAAAUCCCUUUUUCCUUAAUCCAGUCUUAGAUUUCCAUUACUUGAAGCCACAUUUCUAACUGAUGCAGGUAUUUGGAUAAUUAUUUGUAAGGAUCUGUCAACCAUGCUUUUAUGACCACAGUGGACCCAUAACAAUUCUUGGAAAUAGGACAACUACUACUACAUAUUCUCCUUUAAACAUUUUUUUAACAAGAAGUUGCUUCCUAGUUUUGUUUUGUUUUUUCCUUUAAAAAAAUUCUGUGAAGUGAUGCUGGGUUUAAGGUGAUUUGAGCCCUGACUGAUGUGGUUCAGUUGGUUGGGCAUCCCACAAAGUGAAUGGUCACUGGUUCAGUUCCUGGUCAGGGCACAUGCCUGGGUUGCAGGUUCUGACCUGAGUUGGUGCGUGCAAGAGGCAACUGAUCAAUGUUUCUCUCCCUCUCCCUCCCUUUCCCUCUUUCUAAAAAAAAAUAAGUACUUAAAAUGAUUUGAGAAUCUAGAGAAUUAUUCCCAUAUAUGAUCACUGCUCUUCAGUCAUCACUUCAGGGCUCAAGAGUCAAUAAUGUCUCAUGCUUUGUAGGCCAUCCAAUUUCUUAAUCACAACUACUUGACUCUAUAAGCACAAAAGCAGCCGUAGAUAAUAUAUAUUGAGUAUGACCGUUCCAGUAAAACUAUGGACACAGAUUUUACAUUUGUUUUCAUGUAUCACAAAAUACUAUUUUUUCGUUUUGUUUUAACCAUUUAAAAAUGUAAAAAUUCUUAGCCCACAGGCCACACAAAAACUUGUAACUAGUCAUAUUGGCUUAUGGGAUGUAGUUUAUCAACCCUUUAUCUAUAUUCAGCUGCUUAUCAAAAGACAAAGGCAUAGAAGCUAAUAAAAAGGUUGCCUGACUGACUCAAUACUCUUCACUCUGUACUAACUUGGUAUACGUGUUAACAGAGACUUUUUAAUGUGCUUGAAAGGUGUUCAUUCUAAAAGAAUAAUAGAACAAAAUCUCUAACAUCCCCUAAAUUCUUAUAAGUUGAUUAAAAAAUAUUUUAGUUGGCGGUUCUUCGAUGGGGGAAGGAAAGGUGAGAAUCAUCAAUUGUCUGACCUCAUGAGGGCCCCUACCAGGACCUGAACCUGCAAUGAGGCAUGUACCAGCAACCCUUCACUUUGUGGGACAGCACCCAACCAAAUCAUACCCAUCAGAAUCAGGGCUUAUAAAUUAAUUUUAAAACCAGUAAUCAGCAAUUACCGUACAUCUAUAGCUGUAAGACUGAUAAUGACUUCAAUAUUUUGUAUACAUGUCACCAUCUAGUGGUAGAAUUGUGCUUUGAGUAAAAUUGUACAAUCUGAAAUUUCUAAUUUUCUUUUUUUUUU